AUGGACAUCGACCUUCCAACAACCACCACCACCACAACCACCACUUCAGUCACCAAAUCCUCAAAAUCCCAAACCCUCUCCCAAACAACCAUCCGCUCCCCACCCUUCUCCUACGCCCACCUCUCCCUCGUCUCCCCUUCCCCGCCCCCCUCGCUCGACGCCCUAACCGCCCGACAAUACCUCACCUCCUCCCUCCGCCAAUUCCUCGGAGACACGGGCGCCUCCAUGGCCAUGGCCAUCGACAUCCUGCUCGUCAAGGGCGGCGAGUGCUGGGUUCGCGUGCCCAGGGAGGACUUGGCGGGUUUCGCGGCGGCGGUCACUGCGUACCCGGGCCAUCAGGUGGGCGGGGAGCAGGUGCUCAUGAGGGUGGUGGGGUGUGGGGAUUGGUUGGGGGCGUUGGUGGGGAGGGAGGGGGAGGGGGAGGUUUGGGGUUAG